AUGGUUGAGCCCACCUACCUGCCCGAGGAGCAGAAGGCAUGGCUCAAGGACGCCAGCAACGCAGUCAAGCGCCACGGCUUCUACCUGCGCAAGGCCAUUGACGAUGACAACAUGAAGGAGGCGCUGCGCUACUCGGCUGCCUUGCUGGGGGAGCUUCGCACCAGCCUGCUGAGCCUGUCUGCCGCCUGGUUCGAUGGUCUACCGCAGAUCUUUUUCCGUGAUGAGAGCGGCAAGGGGCGCAGCCAGGCCGACCUGUAUGACCUGGUGCAGCACGCCGGCAACAUCGUGCCACGCCUAUACCUGUUGUGCACGGCGGGGGCAUGCUACAUCCGUGGCGGCGAGGCCCCUGCCAAACUCAUCCUGCGGGACGUGGUGGAGAUGUGCAAGGGCGUGCAGCACCCCACCCGUGGCCUCUUCCUGCGUGCCUACCUAGUGCAGGCAAGGGCACCUUGGCAAGCGGGGGGUGGGGUGUCAUGCGUGGGCUGCUGCCGGAUACCGGGUCGCAGUAUGAAGGAGAAGGCAAAGGGGGGCAAUGUGAUUGAUGCCAUCGAGUUCUUGCUGGUGAAUUUUACAGAGAUGAACAAGCUCUGGGUUCGCAUGCAGCACCAGGGCUCUGCUCGAGAUCGAGAGCGGCGCGAGCGGGAGCGCCAGCAGCUGGCAGACCUUGUGGGCAAGAAUCUCACCUAUCUGUCCCAAUUGGAUGGGCUUACCUUCCCGCUGUAUAAGGACAUUGUGCUGCCCAGGGUGCUGGAGCAGGUGGUAAGCUGCCGGGACGACAUUGCGCAGCAGUACCUGAUGCAGUGCAUCAUCAUGGUGUUCCCAGACGAGUUCCAUCUGGGAUCACUUCAGUCGCUGCUGGGCGCAAUGCCUCAGCUGCAGCCGGGGGUGCGGGUGCACAUCGUGCUGUCGCUGCUCAUGGACAGACUAGCCAAUUAUGCUUCUGGGGACAAGGAAGUUGUGGAGGAGAUGAACAUGGUGGAUGCGUUUGGGCAGCUGAGCGUGGUGGCACUCAAGGUUGUGGAGCAGCACCCUGACAUGCCCGGCGCCGAUGUGGCGGCCAUGUACAGCGCCCUGUUGGGCUUCAGCGGCACAGUGUACCCCGACAAGCUGGACUUUGUGGACCGAGUGCUGCAGACCUGCCACAACGCCCUCCAGCGCCGCGGACCCAUCACUGAUGGCAAGGCCGAGAAGCAAGUGGUGGCGCUGCUAUCCACGCCACUGGACAAGUACGAUGCCGUCACGGUGCUGGGACUGGCGCACUACCCCAGCGUCAUGGAGCUGCUGCAACCGCGCAUGAAGCGAGAGAUGGCGACCAAGAUUGUGCAGACGCUGCUGAAAAGCGGCACCAAGGUGUCCACCGUUGGGCAGGACAUAGCGGAGGACCAGCAGCUGCUGGCGCGGCUGGUGCACAACAUGCAGGCACUAGAAGGCGACGCGGAUGGGCAGUAUGAUAUGCUGGUGGCGACACAGGCCUUCAUUCUGUACGAGGAGAGCAUCCCGGACAGCCGGCAGGAGGUGCGGGCGUUGCAGAGCAUCAUGGGCACCCUCAACAGGCAAGUGGUUGCAGCAUGGCACAGUAUGGUGUGUUAUGUUUUUGGCGGCGACGAGCGCGCCGCCCUGGCGCACAAGGCCUCCUCUUACUGUGCUAAGCUGCUGAAGCGUACUGACCAGUGCCAAGCGGUGCUGGCCUGCAGCCACCUGUACUGGCAACCGCAAGUUGAGGGCAAGCAGGCCGUGCAGGAUGAGCAGGGGGUGCUUUCGUGCUUGAAGCGCGCGCUGAAGAUUGCCAAUGCGGCACAGCAGCAGCUGGCGGUGGCAGGGAAGCCGGCACGGGGCGCUGAUGCAUCGGCUGGCCCUGCCGCCGCCUCCUCCCUGUUUGUGGAGAUCCUCAACCACUACCUCUACUUCUUCGACCAGGGUUGCCAGCUCAUCACCACCGCAAGCCUGCUGGAACUGGUGGCCAAUGAGAUGGCGGCAGAUGCCUGCAAGGACAACGAGGCGCUCCAGGUAUUCUACAUCAACACGCUGGCGCACAUCAAGCAGCAGAAAGCCAAGGGGGGCGAGGCAUCGGCCAAGUACGACGGCCUGCAGCUGGCGGCGGGAGAGUACGAGGAAAGCCACAUCACCAAGCCACCGCGCAAAUCCUUGAACAUGCCCUUUGCCGUGGGGCAGGAGGAUGGUGCCGCCUUUGUGGCGCAGAUGUGCGGCGACGGCGUGCAGGGCUCUGCAGAGGCGGCAGCAUUGCUAGAGGCGGCGGGCUACUCUGGCGUGGCACAGAUGGAGGGCGGCUAUGUUGGCUACACACAGGUGUGGUCGCCCAGCGGCAAGCGGCGGCCGCCAGCUGGGCGCUGGGUCAGCACGGGCAAGGAAGCCCUCAAAAGCGGCCUGGAUUUGAGGGACGUCGCGAUGGCGUACGAAGAGGGUGGCAAUAUGAAGGUUGCGCGCUACGCAGAGGGCCUGCCGCCGGGGGAGUCGCUCUGA